CAUUUCAUCAUCAACAACAGAAACAACCAUAUAUACUUUUCUCUCACUCCUCUCUUUUUAUAACUCUCCCAUCUUCACCAUCAAAUUCUCUCUCUAAGUUCCAUUAAAGUGCAAAUAUGGCGGCACUAUCCACACUUCCCAUGCUCAACAUUGACUCAAACUACGAAGCUGACAAGCUCACCUACGAGAUCUUCUCAAUCCUGGAGAACAAAUUCCUCUUCGGUUAUGAUAACCACAAAGCUAACCAUAACCCGAAACUCUCAACUCCGGCGCAGAACGGGAAGGUCAGAAUCCUCAGCAUCGACGGUGGCGGCACCACCGGGGGAAUUCUCGCCGCCGCCGCACUCCGCCGUCUCGAGUCCUCCCUCCGCAGCAAGUCCGGUAACCCUAACGCCGGCAUCGCCGACUACUUCGAUGUCGUAGCUGGCUCCGGCGCCGGCGGCGUCCUCGCCGCUCUCCUCUUCACCCUCUGCGCUGCCACGUCAUCCGAUCCGACGGCUGCUGGCGGGGCGUUGGAUGUGAGGUCGGUGGACCGGAGGACGAGGAUCCUGGCCGUCGAUGGCGGGAUCGCGAUGAACAAUCCGACGGCUGCGGCGAUCACUCACGUUUUAAAUAACAAGCAGGAGUUCCCGCUCUGUAACGGCGUGGAGGAUCUUAUUGUAAUUUCACUCGGGAACGGAGAGUCGGAAUUCGGUGCGGGCGGAGUCACUUCUUCUCCUGCGACUGCGGGGCUGCUCAGGAUCGCCGGCGAAGGAGCUUCCGACUUGGUGGAUCAGGCGGUUUCUAUGGCAUUCAAAGAGUGUCGUACAAAUAAUUUAGUUCCGCAUCAGGGGAACGGCAUUAUAGCUAAAAACCAAGGUGGUAAUUGGGAAAAUGCACAAGUGGCCAACAAGAAGGUAGACAUCUUGGCAGAAACAGAAAAUAUGUUGGCACAAAAAAACGUGGAGUCCGUACUAUUCCAAGGGAAGAAAAUAGUUGGGAACUCAAAUUUGGAGAAAAUAGAAAUUUUCGCCGGAGAACUCGUGAAGGAACAAGAGAGAAGGAAAACCAGCAUUUUACCGACGGUGGCCUUGAAGCAGAUGUCACCAUCUCCCAGAACAUCCUCUGCAACAACUCUCUCCACACUAUCCUCCAAUUAGUUUCGGAGAAAAUUAAAAGAAAAGGAAAAUAUUAUUGUGGUCAAGUUUAGUUUUUUUAUUUAUUUAUUUUUUUAAUUUGUUAAAAAUAUAGUAAAUCUAGUCUAGUUACUAAAAUGACUCUUUAGAGUCCGUUUUGUUGAUAUUAAUACGCUGCCGCUCGGAUGAAUAACAAAGGCAUCCGAGUCUGAGCUGCUGAGUUCAUAUUUUUUUUCACUUUUUUAUUUGGUUGCUAUUCAUUGAGUGCAUUAUAUUUAUAUGUAUUGUUGUGUAUAUGGAAUGAUUGUGAAAAGGGCAUUUGGUGCCAAGUUUAAAUUAAAGCUUCAAUUGCACUUUGUG